UUAAAAUCAUUAAAGAUUGAAAAACCCAUGACACCUGCUAUUGAAAGUCAUUUUUAGUGCAUCCUUUAUUUUAUAUUUUUUGUUGCUUUUUAGCAUUUGCAAGAUAUGAACAUGAACUGUCAUUGAAUUAGCUUUGUCUACUGAAAAUCAUUUAAAGAUUGAAAAACCCAUAAAAGCAAUAUCAAUGAUCAAAAUGCUAUAAGAAUAUGUUGUAUCAGUCCUGAAAUUUGGUUAUGAGAUUUGUUUAUUUGCACAACAUGUGACAAAUAUGACAAUUUAUCUGAGAGAGAAAGAGCAAUAGAUCAGAUAGAGAUAGAGGUUGCUUGGAUAUAAUAGCCCCUAUCUAGCUUUCAUCUGUCUAUCUAUCAUAGCCAAUUGCCCUUACAACUAAUUUAAGCCCAAUCAGAAACUGUUUGCUUGCUUUAUAUAAAACAAAUCUGUUACAUUGAAAACUAGGUUGGUCUUGACAAUACUGGUGCCCCUCAUAGCUAAUGGGUUUUGUACAGCGAAUACAUAUCUUGCAAAGCAGUUAACUGCUUCUCUUCUCAGCAUCCUUACAAGCUGUGGGACUGUCCGAAUAUCGUUCUCCAGUAGGGCAACUGAAAAGGUUUUAGUAAAUGAUGAUUUCACUCAUAAUUUCUUACUUUUCUUCUACGAUGACUAAAAUUAUAUGUUUUUCACUCACCAAUUUUGCCAAUAGGCAUCAAAAGUCAUUGUCAAAGAACUUGCUGAUAGUCCAAAAGUUUUACAUUUGGGAUGAUCAAGCUUGGGCAGAUGCUUUUGUCAUCACAGCAGAUUCAGUCAGUCUGAUAAGUGAAGCUUGCAGUAUUGGGAAACCUAUGUAUGUUAUGGUAGCUGAGCUUUGUAAAUGGAAAUUAUCAGACUUCCAUAAAUCUUUCAGGGAACGAGGAGUGGUUUGGCCAUUUACAUAUUCUGAAGAUAUGAAGUAAUGAAGGUCUUUUGGGAUUAAUUAAAGAUUGCAGAAAGCUGAAGCCAUCCUCCCCUUAGUGACACAGCAGAAGCAGCAAAUCGGGUGCAUGAAGCUCUUGCUGAGUGUGGGUGGAGGGUUCGGCCAUGACGAAGGUGUUGAUAAUUGUUGUUGUAAACACACUGUUGAUUUGCAUCUUGUUUGAAAGUUGAAGCCUUCAAAAUUUGGGUUUGUUGAAUAGCAUAUAGGAACACCAGCAGCGUCAAAUUCAUUCUUUCCCCAUCAGGGAUUUUCACAUAUGAUACAUGUAGAGUAAAGCCUUAGCUAUUUAGAGCGGCUUCUAAGGCAUGGGAGGGGCAGGCAUAAGGUAAAUUUUGCGUCAAAAAAAUAUAUAUACUUUUUUGUAAAUUAAACUGAUUUACUGAUUGCGUUUGAUGUUACACCCCUG